GUAAGUACUUUUUUUAUUUACAAAAAAACAAAAAAAAAAAAAAAAAAAUGAGUAAGCAACAUUAUAAUUGAAUAAGCUAAAUUAGGAAACAAAUUUAAUUCAAAGAUUCUUCAAAAUAAUUCCCUGAGAAGACUAGCCAGCUAGCUAUAAAUUGAUGUCCCCAAAUUUCAUUAUAUAUAUAUAAUGAAUUCAGGUAGCUAGAAAAUGGAGAAGAGAUUAAGUGUGGCGGCGUGGGUUAUCAUGGUGUUGAGCGUAUACACAGUUCCGGCGAGGUCAUUCUACAGCACGGAGGAGUACGUCCCCGUCAAGGAGAAAAUGACCAAAAUCCGCGUCUACAUUCACGACACCCUCAGGUCCAAAAGUGGAAGGCCGACCGCCGUCGAGAUUGCUCGUCCGAAGAACACCGGAAAGGAGGAAGGUCCGACGCCGUUCGGGAGCCUGUUCGCGCUGGACGAUCCGAUGACGGACGGUCCCGAUCUGAAGAAAUCGAAAAUAGUGGGGGAUGCGAAGGGGAUGUAUCUGUCGUCGAGCCUGCCGGAGAAGAAGGAGUUCACUCUGGUGCUGUACGUGAGCCUGCGUUUCAGGGAGGGCAAAUUCAACGGCAGCACUGUGAACGUGUUCUCGAGGGGUACGGUGACGGAGAGGUGGAGGGAGAUGUCGAUCGUCGGCGGGACGGGGAGGUUCAGAUACGCCAGGGGAUUUGUUAAUGUCACCACUGCCAGCUUCGAUCCCGUCACCGGCGAUGCAGUUCUUCUGUACGACGUCCAUGUUAUUCAUCAUUAAAAAAAAAUUUUAUUUUAUUUUAUUGUAAAAAAAUAAUAAAUUAGAGCGUACCGUUACAAUUAAAAAC